UUAAACCGGUCACCUCCCUCACGGAUUACAGAGGUUCCCUUAAAGGCUUCUGGUGCAAGAUUCGAACGAGGACACUCUCAGCCCCAGCCACCCACCGCAAACAUGAGCGAUAACAACCCCGUCAGCAAGGAGGUCGAGACCUUCGACAAGAAGUGUCUAAAGAAGACCAACACGGCGGAGAAGAACUCUCUCCCCACCAAGGAAGAUAUCGAAGCAGAGAAGAAGGCAGCGGCCGAGUGCAAAUGAAGCCAUUGAUGGCGUACCUGGACCACCCGUCUCCCGAGCCCCGCUAACUCCUCCAGCUCUAGUUAACAACACUCCCGCUUCGCUCAUCAACCUCCGCCACCACCGCUUCUUCGCUGUGUAUACACCUUUUAACUCACUCAAUGCAGUUUUGUUUCAUUUGGGUUAUACAUAGGAACCACAUGAAUGAAUAACGUGAAUGGGGUGGGAUGUAAGGCCCAGGUUCUACAAAAAAACAAGAAGAAACAAACACAACGCCAUGUUUAUUGCAGCUGCACCGUAGAAUUUUAGCGAAUCAUUUCCCCCCGUGCCCUCCUCCUUCCCCCUCUGAUGUGUAUGAAUGUGUGUAUGCGUGUGUGUAUUCUUUUAAAAGACAAAAAUGACACAAAAAAGAUGUUUGAUGUGGGAGUGGAUUUUUGUGAGAAUGACAGAUUGUAAAGCACAAGCCCAGCAGCAGCACACGUCCCUUCUGACCAUGACCCAAACCAGCUUAACUGGUUCACCUUAGCUUUGACCACUCCCCCUUUCUGCAAGUCCUAUGUUCCUCCUGGUGCCAUUGUGAAUGAGUUGCUAUAUAAAUACCAUGUGAAAUGAUAUUUUUGUUUUAAUAAAAUAAUAAAGAAUGUUUUAAAUGGAA